AUGGAGACUGUCCUGCGUGAAGCAUGCGAUAACUGCCAUCGCCGGAAGACUCGCUGCCCGUCCGAUGGUGGCGGUCCCUGCACCAACUGUCGAGCCAGUGGUCAGGUCUGCACCUUCAGUCCUCGCAGUCGAAUUGGUCGUCCUCGAGUGCGACCAUCUCGUUCCAAACGCAACCGAACGAGAACACCGAGUCUUACACAGACGGAUGGGGAUAAUAAUGCAGGAAGUCACAUACCGACAGUCUUCGACCCCGUCCCCGGAUAUACCACCCCUGUACCGAGUAUAAUGCUGGGUGGAGCGGACGGGGGUAAUGCAAGUCUGCCUGAUGAAACUACCCUCGCAAGUGAACCCUCGUACAUGCAUUCUCCAUGGGAGAGUGCAUUGGAACCGUUCCCAAUGUCACUCACAGAGCCGUCGAUUCCAUUUGACAAUGAAUUCCCAUUCUUCUCGCCCGAUGAAGUCGGCUCUCUAUGUCAAAGUCCUUCCCAGAUAACCGAGAACGAAAUAUCGCAACGGGACUUGGUUUUUCUCUCCCCAAACAAAAACCUCAGUGUACCUCGGACAACAACAUCACCGGCCCUUGUCCCCGAACAGCAACCACAACAAUCAUACAUGGAAGAUCGCCCCGAGUGCAAGGGAAAGAGUCUGAUUACCGUAUAUGGGCAACUCUCCCAACUCCUCUUCACCCUGCACCUGGCCCACGACACCUUCUGCCGUGGAGAAAUGCUCGGCAUCAGCGACCGAAGCUCAAUUGAACAGAUCUUCUCCACGGUUUCAUCCCUCUGCGAUGUCUUGAUUUGGCUCUCGCAAUCGGCACCCAGUGCAUCCGACCCUACCUUAUCUUUAUCUCCCUGUCCUCUUCUGAUCAUCUCGAUGAUCAGCACCGUGGUGGAGAUUUACCAGCGAGUUUUGGACGGCGGUCUCCGUCCGUCAAUGGGGCUCAUGCAGCCCCCCUCUUCUUCACGUUCUGCGCUACCAUCUCCCCCGAUCUCCAUCACAUCUCGAUCAUCGCCAUUCUUGGAGAAGCAGCCCGCUGAUACUCAUACGCGACUGCGGUGUUUAUCCGACGGCAUCACGAUGGAUUUCCAUCUCAGUCUUUUGGAAGGUAUUUUUGGCUGGGGAUGUUCGGAAACAAAUAAUGAGAGAGAAGUGCGUCGGAAACUAGAGAGUACACAUAAAGAGCUUCAGGUGUUCAUGGAAAAGUGGAAGAAAGUAGCAUAGCAUUCACGAUUUACGCUUUAUGACAUGUAUUUAACAAGAAACCAG